CUAGUUACCACAGCUACAAAGUCGCUAUAUUGGCUGUCGUAAAAAUGUAUGAAAACCCUGCUUUUUGGGGUAAAUUUACGGUUAGGCAUAAUGCUAGCAGUGUGAUUUGGCUUAUCUUUAAAACCAGGUUAUAAGAAGAUACAUUGUAGAAAUAGACGGGGUUUAGUCAUAAUUAUGACUUUGUGGCUACUAGUGACAACCACGUCCCUUACAUGAUUAUCAACGUUACUGUAGCUGGCUACAUCAAAUAAAAUAUCGUCAGAUAACGUGAACAUUCAUUAUACUGUCAAGAUGACUGCUUAUAAACGUCCGCCGAUGGGAACUGUCCCAUGAGGAACAGGCUAAUAAGCGCUAAGGAAAGAGGGAAGGACAUUAACUUCCUCGACAACAAGAUGAGGAUUUCAAAGCGCUGUGGCUCCAACAGACGUUUGUUGUUGCCCUUGAUGGUCCUUGGGUUGAUGAUCUUACUGGCAGUUGUAACCCUUAAUUGGUUUGAUACUGACUCACAGAAGCUUUUGGCAUGGCAUGUGGAUCCCAGCCACCGAAAGCUUGUGCACUCUUUUGUACGGGGUGUUCUUUCGAACAAGUGCAGACCAGCCUUUGCCAGAAAGGGAGUAGAAGCAAGGCUCCAGAUUUCUGGUCAUGUGACUGAUCCUUUCCUGUGGCGGGACACACUGCUGACUCCAGAGAUGUUCAAGUACCCCCCACCAUUCGGGUUCCGUGACAUGCAUGGCAAACUAAAGGAUGUCCUCAACCUCCUCCCUGCUCAACCAGAGCAGCUGAAGAAAGAGUGCAGACGCUGUGUGGUCAUGGGAAAUGGAGGACUCCUCCGUGGUCUUGAGCUGGGCGCCCUGCUUGACCAGUUUGAUGUUGUCAUUAGGCUAAAUAGUGGUCCUUUGAGGAACUACAGUAAAGACGUGGGGAACCGGACCUCUGUCCGGAUGAGCUACCCAGAGGGAAGCCCCAAGGUCUGGGAAGAUGUGGACCCUGAGCUGCAGUUUGUGGCGGUGGUCUACAAGGCUGUAGACUUCAAGUGGAUCAGAGCAAUGAUCAACAGACAGAGAGUUUCCCUAUGGGACUGGCUGUUUUUCUGGCAGAAGGUGCCAGAGAAGAUUCCAGUAGACUUAUCAAAGUUCCGUUUGUUGAAUCUGGAGAUCAUCAGGCAGAUGGCGAUGGACCUGUUAGCCUACCCCUCCCCACAGCAACGCCUCUGGGGCUGGGACCAGAACGUGCCCACCAUGGGCAUCUCAGCCCUCAACCUGGCCACCUACCUGUGUGACGAGGUCAGCCUAGCAGGCUUUGGUUACAAUCUCAGCCAGAAGGAGAUGCCCCUGCAUUACUAUGACAAUAUACCCAUGACAGCUAUGCUGGAGCAGAACAUGCACAACGUGGAUCGUGAGAGGGCUCUCCUCCAGAGCCUGGUGAGGGAAGGCACUGUAUCAGACCUCACAGGGGGCCUGCACUGCACCUUCUGCCCCAGCUGAAAGAGACUGAUCUGGGCCUGCAGCGCAGCUAGCGACACACCAACGAUCUACCUUCCACUGACUUAUCAUUCCAAGACUUUUCACCCUGAGAACAGCAUUCUGAUUUAAUUCCAUGGAAUUCAAAAAGUUGAUUGAGUCUAUGGAUCUGGGGACUUGACUGCAAACUCUUCUAUGUCCUAGUGCAUGCCAGCAUAUUGAAUCUGCAUGGACUAGAUGUGCCGACAUGAUGGGGAACAGUGAAGCUGUACACUUCUCCCCUGCGCAGUUGAAAACGACAAACCUAAAGAUGUACUAGUACAGCUUUUACAAAUCCCUCUAUAAGUGAAGUAUUAUCACUGCUAAACUUAAAUGUUUUUUGUAUUUAUUAAGAGCUAAUGGAUAAUUACUUAAUUAAAUCUUAGCAUAAAGUUGAUGCUAAAAUGUGUACAAACAUUACCAUAAAUAUUGUGAAGAAUGAACAGAUUGACUAACAGAUCAUUAACAUUACCUUUAUGCUUUCGAUUUUAAGUUGAGUGUUCAGUUUGUCCACGAGAUGUCUGAACAUGUUUGUGUUUUUAAAUUUUUCUAAUGUAAUUAUUAGACUGUUUUUAUUAUAAUAAAGUAUGUUCUCAGUGCUUGACUUGGACUGAGAUGGGAGCCAGUACUAAUUAUAUUUAGGUACAGGAGCUCUACAAUAAUUUUCAAGAUAAUAUUCUAUAAGAGGAACAGGAGCUCUACAAUACUUUUCAAGAUAAUAUUCUAUAAGAGGAACAGGAGCUCUACAAUACUUUUCAAGAUAAUAUUCUAUAAGAGGAACGGGAGCUCAAGCAGUAGAAAAUUUGAGGCGCUGGCACUUGGCUCCGGUUAGCUCGUGCCCAAAUCAAGCACUGUUUGUUCUGUCGUUACAACAUGACUUUGCUUGAUAAUUUUGAUUUAAAAUUAUUGAAUGUUUUUAGUUUUUUAAUGUCGCCAUAAUUGGCCUGGUUGUCAGUAAAGAAAAAAGAUUUGGACUUAG